CCUAUUCCAUGCCUACGGUUCCCAAACAGCUGCACUAAACGUUGAACUACUGUACCCCAGAUCACGGGACAAAGUGGGGUAGGUUCCAAAUUGCGUGCUGUAGUUGAAUGAGGGGAGAUCCGUGGAUACUUCCAGUUUUCGUUACCUAACUCUUGCAUCAGAUAUUUAAGAUAUCUAAUAACAAAUAUCGCUUUAGGACAAUCUUGGCAUAUAUAUAGGGCCUCAAUCCAUAUCUCACACCUUGCUGCACUGCAUUCUCUAGGCGACGAAUAAUAAUUCACGCAAUUCUAAAAUGACGCCUCCGACGAUCCGGCUCGCUACGGCCUCUCCAGGAACGCUGGCGACGACCAAAGAAACCCUUCUGCAGCUAGAAGAUGUAGCCAUCCGUGCGGCUGCUAAUAAGGCUGACAUUUUGUUGCUCCCAGAAGCUUAUCUUGGUGGUUAUCCCCGCGGCCUAGAUUUUGGGUGCAAAAUUGGCUCUCGAACCGAAGAGGGUCGCAAUGACUUCUUACGCUAUUUUAAGGGUUCCGUUGAUUUGGGAGAUACGGUUGGAGAUGGGGCUGGAGCCGGUGAGGCGUGGGUAAAGAGACAGUUGGGGGCCGAUGCGACUGAGGCUAGGGAUGGACGAUCGCCGGUGAGCAGGGGUGAUGGAACCAGGGAGGAGCUUGAACGAAUCGCGAGGGACACGGGGGUCUUUAUCGUCGUUGGGCUCGUGGAGAAAGCUGGCGGCAGUUUGUAUUGCUCUGUCGUCUAUGUUUGCCCGAAGCUGGGAGUCAUUGGGAAGAGAAGAAAGGUCCAACCAACGGGUUCAGAACGGCUUAUCUGGGCGGCGGGCUCGCCAGCAACCCUCAAAGCAGUGAGCACCACCAUCCGCGGCGUUCGCAUCAAUCUCGCCGCCGCGAUCUGCUGGGAGAAUUAUAUGCCGCUUCUGCGACAGAGCCUCUACGCGCAAAACGUGAAUCUGUAUCUUGCGCCUACGGCGGACAAUCGCGACGCCUGGCUAGGGCUGGUGCGCACCGUAGCCCUCGAGGGCCGCUGUUUCGUCGUUAGCUCGAACAUGUGCGUGCCCGAGGGCUCGGCCGUUGAUUCUUCCGCGCACGGAACGGCAACGAACGGCGUUUCUAACGGCCGAAGAAGCUCCAUCGUCGACGAGGACGGAAAUGAAAUCGUCCUUCCCAACGGAGAAAAGAAGAUCUCGUCGUCUGCCGUGGUCGAAGAGGCAGCGAUUGCACCGGCAAAGACCUCCGGUGGUGCUAGAACCUUCCUCUCUCGUGGCGGGUCCGCCAUUAUCUCUCCGUUCGGCGACGUCAUUGCCGGACCGCAGUGGGAGGACGAGAAGGGCAUCAUUUACGCGGAUGUUGACUUCGAUGAUUGCAUCCGUGGAAGGCUCGACCUGGAUGCGGCUGGGAGUUAUUCUAGGAACGACUCUUUCAAGUUCUACGUCGAAGGCUUGGAUCUCGACCCCCUGCCUUACUGAUCUCAUUACCAGUUAUCUGAAACCUCGUCGCCCUCGAGUUUUAUCUAUUUCUAUCUAUUAGGUCCCAAGCGACGGCCACUUCUAACAUAGCAAGCAGGCAGGAAUUGGUGGAUCAUUUACAUACUCGAGUAUCUAGCUCAACCGUACAAAUUUCGUUGGAUUGGACAUGGCGAGACUUCGCCUGACGGAUCGGAGGAUUUGUAUAUACUCAUGUCUCCUGUUCAUAGGACUUACUUCGCAUUCACUCAUUGAAGUUUACUUUUCACCUUUACUUUUACCCUUAUAUAUAGAGACCCUUUUAGGAUCACAACCAGAAUAGAACACAGCAAAUUCAGAUGCAAACUCAGCGUA